AUGGAGAUGAUGCGCCCUCUGCUGUUCAUAAACUUCAUGGGCAGACCUUUCGCUAAAGUGUCCGAGCAGCUUGGCGCAUACGAGAUUGUAACUCCGGCGCGAGUGAAUGAAGCCGGUGACAAUUUUCCCACGAGUGUGCACUUCAAAAGGAAACGGCGGAGUGUGCACGAUAUCCAUGGCAACUCCUCUGAUCAAUGGGACUCUCGAACAAUCCAGUACAAAAUAUCUGCUUUCGGACAGAGCUAUCACCUCAACCUGACACUCGAGUCCGGAUUUAUUGCUCCGCUAUACACUGUGACAGUACUAGGAGCACUUACCGAUAGCAACAUCACGGAUUUCACACCGGAGGUGGAGGCGGAGGAGGAUACGGAGUAUCAGCAUUGCUUCUAUAAAGGACAUGUGAAUGCUCAAACGGAGCACACCGCAGUCAUCAGUCUCUGCUCUGGGUUGCUUGGCACUUUCAGGUCCCCAGAAGGGGAGUUUUUUGUGGAGCCCCUUCACAGCUACAAUGGAGAACACUAUGAAGAAGAACACACCAAACCUCAUAUUGUGUACAGGAAGAAGCCCCCCAAGAAAGUUGCAGCAAGGGAGGACACUGCUUGUGACACAUCAGGACAUAAACACAGACACAAGAGGAACAGGGACAAGGUGAGGAGACGUCCGAUGGCCAACAGCAGCGACAUGCUGAAUGACCUGGAGAGCCUCUCUGCCAAUCCCCUCUCCAGAUCAGAAAGAGAAAGCAGAAGACGGCCGGCUAAUGAAAGCAGCGGUGACUCAGGACCUCACAGGAGAUCAAAGCGCUUCCUCUCCUAUCCCCGCUUUGUAGAAGUCAUGGUGGUGGCAGACAGCAAGAUGGUGGAACAUCACGGGAGCAACCUUCAGCACUACAUUCUCACGUUAAUGUCCAUCGUGUCUUCCAUCUACAAGGAUCCUAGCAUUGGAAAUCUCAUUAACAUUGUGAUUGUGAAGUUAGUCAUAAUCAACAAUGAGCUGGAUGGCCCUACCAUUUCCUUCAAUGCACAGACCACUUUAAAGAACUUCUGUAUCUGGCAACAGAGGCAAAAUCACCAAGAUGAGAACCAUCACUCCCACCACGACACAGCCAUUCUCAUCACCAGGCAGGACAUCUGUCGAGCGCGGGACAAGUGUGACACAUUAGGGCUUGCAGAGCUGGGUACAGUGUGUGAUCCAUACAGAAGUUGCAGUAUUAGUGAGGACAAUGGACUCAGCACUGCGUUUACUAUCGCCCAUGAACUGGGCCAUGUAUUCAACAUGCCCCAUGAUGACAGCAACAAGUGCAAAGAGGAGGGGGUUAAAAUACAGCAGCAUGUGAUGGCACCCACACUCAACCACUACACUAACCCCUGGAUGUGGUCCAAGUGUAGCAGGAAAUACAUCACAGAGUUCCUGGACACAGGGUAUGGAGAGUGCUUACUUGAUGAGCCCAUUUCUAGGCCAUACAGUCUGUCACAGCAGCUGCCUGGACGGAUAUACAAUGUCAAUAAACAAUGUGAAUUGAUAUUUGGGCCGGGGACACAGGUGUGCCCAUAUAUGGUCCAGUGCCGCAGGCUGUGGUGCACCAGCCCAGAGGGUGCCCAGAGGGGCUGCAGGACCCAACACAUGCCCUGGGCCGAUGGAACAGAGUGCUCUCCAGGAAAGCACUGUAAACAUGGCCAGUGCAUUACCAAAGAGCACGAUCCCACGCCAGUGCAGGGGGCGUGGGGAGGCUGGUCUCCGUUUGGCUCCUGCUCGCGGACGUGUGGCGGGGGCAUCAAAAUCGCCGACCGCGAGUGCAACCAACCCAUGCCCAAGAACGGGGGGAAGUACUGUGUGGGGCGCAGGAUGAAGUUCCGCUCAUGUAACUCAGAGCCCUGCUCCAAGCAGAAGAGAGACUUCAGAGAGGAGCAGUGUGCAGCCUUCGAUGGCCGGCACUUCAACAUCAACGGUCUACCUCCUAAUGUGCGCUGGGUACCCAAGUACAGCGGAAUUCAGAUGAAGGAUCGCUGUAAGCUGUUUUGCAGGGUGGCUGGCAGCACCGCCUACUAUCAGCUCAGGGAUCGGGUCAUCGAUGGCACGCCAUGUGGCCCCGAUACCAACGACAUCUGUGUACAGGGCCUGUGCAGGCAAGCGGGAUGUGACCAUGUGUUGAAUUCCAAGGCGAGGAGAGAUAAGUGUGGUGUGUGUGGUGGUGACAACUCCUCGUGCAAGACCGUGGCAGGCACCUUCAACAUGGUGCGCUACGGAUACAACGAAGUGGUGAGAAUACCCAGUGGUGCUACAAAUAUUGAUGUUCGUCAACACAGCUACUCAGGGAAACCAGAAGACGAUAACUACCUCGCUGUUUCAAACAUCAGAGGGGAGUAUCUGCUCAAUGGAGAGUUUGUGGUUAGCAUGUUUAAAAGGGAAAUCAAACUGGGCAACACCAUCAUCGAGUACAGCGGAUCUGACCACAUCAUUGAGAGAAUCAAUUGCACUGACCGCAUCGAAGAGGAGAUCAUUGUCCAGGUGCUUUCUGUAGGUAACUUGUACAACCCAGACGUCAGGUACUCCUAUAACAUCCCCAUCGAGGAUAAACCCCAGCAGUUCAUCUGGGACGCCUACGGGCCCUGGCAGGAGUGCAGCAGGCCCUGCCAAGGAGAGCGUAAGAGGAAGAUCCUGUGUAGUAGAGAGUCGGACCGUGUGGUGGUCUCAGACCAGAGGUGCCAUGGGGCUGCCAGACCAGCCAUGGUAACAGAACCCUGCAACGCAGACUGUGAAAUCAGGUGGCAUGUAGCGCGGAAGAGUGAGUGUACAGUCCCAUGUGGAGUGGGAUAUCGUACACUGGAGAUCUACUGCGCCAAACUGAGCCGUACCGAUGGAAAGACCCAGAAGGUGGACGAGCGUUACUGCAGCAGUCAACGUAAACCUGAGGACAAGGAGAGUUGCCAUGGAGACUGUAACCCGGCCGGUUGGGAGUACUCCUCUUGGUCAGAGUGCUCCAAAAGCUGUGGCGGAGGGUCCCGGCGUCGUGCAGCCGUGUGUGGGAAGUCCUCUGAGGCAGAAAGUGAUGAGAGUAAGUGCAGCCAGAGAGACAAGCUGACCACCGCCCAGAACUGCAAUGAGUUCCUGUGUCCCGCUUGGAAGACUGGAGACUGGUCUGAGUGCCCGGUGACGUGUGGGAAAGGGUACAAGCACCGGCAGACAUGGUGCCAGUUUGCGGAGGACCGACGGGACGACCGCUUCUGUGACUCUGCGUCCAAGCCUGAGUCGGUCCAGACGUGUCAGCAGCAGGACUGUGCCUCGUGGCAGGUCGGACCUUGGGGCCAGUGCACUAUCUCGUGUGGACCAGGCUACCAGAUGCGAGCAGUGAAGUGCGUUGUGGGGUCAUAUGGGUCUGUCAUGGACGACACUGAAUGUAACGCGGCCACACGGCCCACUGACACUCAGGAUUGUGAACUGGCCCAGUGUCCUGUCAGCCACCCAGUUCCCCCUGGGACCAAAGUCCCCUCACACCUUUCACACAAAACCCAGUGGAGGUUCGGCUCUUGGACACAGUGUAGCGCCACCUGCGGCAAAGGGACCCGGAUGCGCUACGUUAGUUGCCGUGACAUCCAGGGUGGGGUUGCAGAGGAUUCAGCCUGCUCCCACCUGGUCAAGCCCCCGGCCAGCGACGGGUGCAUUGUAGUGCACUGCGGACAGUGGAAGGUCCUAGAAUGGUCAUCAUGCUCUGUAUCCUGCGGGCAGGGGAAGACCACUCGCCAGGUGGUGUGUUUGAAUCUCAGUGACCAGAUAGUGGAUGUGGUGGAGUGUGACCCUGACGACCGUCCAGCCACAGAGCAGGAGUGUGCCAUGUCCCAGUGCCCUGCUCUCCGCUCCAGUGAUUCUCGACCCUUCCCCUCGCCCAGCGGGGGCGUCCGCAACAACCUGCCCACAGCUGCCGAUGGGCGCAGCGGAGGACGAACCCAGGCCCACCAAUGGAGGACAGGACCCUGGGGAGCGUGCUCGAGCACGUGUGCGGGCGGCUUCCAGAGGCGUGUGGUGGUGUGCCAAGAUGAGAAUGGUUAUGCUGCCAACAACUGUGAAGAUCGCUCCAAACCCAUCGAGCAGCGCUCCUGUGAGUCCGGACCCUGUCCACAGUGGGUCUAUGGGAACUGGGGAGAGUGUACCAAGCCGUGUGGUGGAGGAAUAAAGACACGGCUGGUGGCGUGUCAGAGGCCCAACGGAGAACGCUUUAACGAUCUGAGCUGUGAGAUUCUAGAAAAACCGCCCGACCGUGAGCAGUGCAAUACUCAUGCGUGCCCGUCUAACCCCCAUUGGAGCACAGACCCAUGGAGCUUGGUACGCUCGUAAAUAUACACAUUUUCUUCCGCCAUCUUUUUUAAAAGUCCUCUCAUUUCACUACACACAGAGUUUGACAAACAAACAAUCAAACCUGAGAGAGCAGGUUGUUUCUGUAGCGCUUACAUGCUGGAAACUCCACUUUUCAUUUCACUGUUACCCUUCCCUUGGCACCAGAGACUUGUCAUCCUUCUAGAGACAGUUGGGAAUUGAUUUCUGUUCCACAUAAGAGACAGGACACACACACAAUACACACAACACACCAAAAAGUACAACAUAUGAAAAGCUUAAUUGACAGUUGUGACCAUAACACUUUCUCUGUUAUCAGUCUUAGUGUUAAAAAUUCAGGAUCAGUUUGUAUCAGAAUCAAAGCUAGUUUGUAAAAUAUUGAUUUAAAAGAUAAUUUAUUACUUAAGAGAUUUUCUUCUUUGUUUCCUAUGUAUAUAGAAUUGACAUCCAACGUUUCUGUUAUUGCUCUUUGUAUUCGCACACUUAGUCAUUCGUUGUUCAUAUGCAAAUAUUGAUCAACGUUUUUGUAUAUCAGGAGUUUAAGAUGCAUUGUUUGUUUUUUGUUAACACCCAAAGAAAGAAUGGACAUAUACUCGAGUGCUAUUCAUACUCUUUUUGAGUUUUUAUGUACUCUAGAGAUGGAUACAUCAUUCUGAUGCUAAAGCUUUAUUGACCAUCAUAACUGUAAACAUGUCAUUUGUCUUAAAGUGUGUAAUAUGCAGUUCAAACAAUAACAACCCCCCCCCCCCCCCAACUCUGUUUCGGUAAACAUCUAAGGGGUGGGGCUGGAUAAAUGUAACCACUCUUAAUUGCAUAGACAGAGCUAUGGAUGCAAGGACUGACCAUCCAUGACAUGAAAAUGAUCGUUUUAACCAUGUUUUGAG